GUUCAUUCGCACGUAGAGGAGCCGAUUUUUUCAGUCCGAAAAAUUUAAUUUUUUGGGUUAAACUUUGAUUUUUAAAGGCAGUUAACUUUGAUUUUGGGAGAAGAUAAGUUUUGCAAGUUGAGGAAACGAGGAAGACUGGGGGGAAGAGGGUCAGAUCAGAGGAGUGGACACGGACGGAGAUAGAUAAACUGGAGGCUCCAGUCUGGAGGAGAAUUAAUUGGAUAAGGAGAAAGUUUGGCUAGCUGGUGACUUGUAGUCGAACUCGUCGUGAAUAAUAAAGGGAAAAAUAACAACGGAAAUUCGGGGCCUUCAUUUUGCUGCCGAUUUGUACUGAACUCACCGUGAAACUUAUAAAAGGGGAAAAUAGGAAAUUCAAGGCCUUCAUUUUUAGAAAAGUGACCAAUAUAAACGAGGAAUACAUACAUCUUGAACAUUUUCAAAGAAAACUUGGCAGACUCAGGAAGGUUUUACUAUUGACGACUAAGUAGUUGAAAUAGCAGAAACCAAACAAAAUGGCUCAUGUACCACUUUCUCGUCUGAGUAUUCAACGAAUACAUGACCAUUGGGCACCAUGGCUAAUAGAAAAAGGCGUUAUCGAUGCACCAUCACCAAUGCAAGAAUCAAGUAAUGAUCAAGUCGGAAGAAUGGAGAAUCUAGAGGUCGAAGCAGUUCCGACCGUUAUACCACUGCCACCACCACACGAACAUAUUGAAGCCGUACCUAGGCUCACGGAGAAUCUAGGCGUCGCAGCAGUCCCGACAGUUAUAUCAUUGCCACCAUCACACGAAACUAUGCGAUUGGAGAAUCUAGAGGUCGAAAAAGACCAACUGAAUUGGAACUUCACACCAGUCCGUCGCUGUCGGACAAAAAAGCCCAGCCCUAUUCGCUCUUCAGUUUCAACCCGCGCUAUGGCUUCUCGUCGAAAUAAAUCUACGACCGGGACAGCAGGAAAAAACCCGCCUGCAUCUGCUUCUUCUACUACGGCCGUCCGCAAUAAUGGAAAUCGUGGCCGUUCUCGCGAAAAAAUGAAGCAUACAGAGCCAAAAAAGAAACCAGACGCCUCGGUUGACAAGGAUCGGUCACGAUCACCUCAUCGCAAGACUAGUUCGAGUCCCGUCAAGCCAGUGAACCCUCAAAGCGGGUCACCAGCAGUUCCUAAAUCAAUCCCAGGAAAAAAUUGGGUGAAACCGGGCUUGGACCUGAACUCGAUCGUUGAUGAGCCCCGUCAUCGAAGAACAACAGAUCAUGGAAAUAAAUCUACGACCGCAGAAAAACCAAAACGUGUACCCGUUUCUCCUACUGGGGCAGUCGUCCUCCGCGCAAAUGGAAAUCGUAGCCGAUCUCGCGACAAAAAGAAGACAGAAGAGAAAAAGGAAGCCAACCGUCGGUCAUGGUCACCUCGUCGCGAAAUUACGAAUCCAUUGGCAAGACGAGCAGGACUGAUAAUUGCAAAAUCACCCUCACCACCAGAAUCAAGUGAUGACGAGGAUCCAUUGAGCGAAGACGAACAGGAUGUGGACUUCACACCAGGCCGUCGUAAUUUGAUAAGAACGUCCAGCCCAGCCCCCUCGUCAGUAUCAACGCGCUCUAUGAUUUCUCGUCGAAAUAGUUCUACGAGCGAGGAGACCACAGAAAAAAACAGGCCUGUUUCUCCUACCGGGUCAGUCUACGGACUUGAAAAUCGUGGCCGAUCUCGGGACAAAAUGGAUAAUCACGAAAGGAAGAGGAAAGCUAACGGUGAGGUUGACAACGGUUGGUCGAGAUCACGGUCACCUCAUCGCGAGUAUGAUUCGAAUCCCGUCACACCACCUGCGAGAAAAGCAAAAGUGGGUCUGACUGUUGCACCAGAACCACAAUCAGAACAAGCAAGUAAUGACGAACCUAAUGGCAUGCUGGAGGUCGAAGCAGUUGAGACAGUUGCAGUACAAUCACUACAUGAAUUAAAUAAUGAAGAACCGAAACUAGUGAAGAACUCAGAGGUCGAACCGGCUCCUACCGCUGGACCAUUGCCACCACCAGCUCCACAAGAAUCAAAUAAUGCCAAGGAGAACGUAGUGGUCGAGGAAGAACGACCGGAUUUGGACUUCACACCAGCCCGCACUUUGGCGAAAAAGUCCAGACCUACCCGCUCAUCAGUGUCAAUGUCAACGCGGGCUAUGAGUCCUCGUAACAAAUCUACGACCGGGUCCGCCGAAAAACACAAGCUUGUACGUGGUCUUGACGAAAAGAAGAAAGCUUCCACUAAGGUUCACGAAGCUCGAUCACCUCAUCGCAAGACUAAUUUGAGCCCCGUCAAGCCACUGAAUGGUCUACGCGGUUCACCGAGAAGUGCAGUUGCCAGCCCAGGACAAAAAUGGAACUCGGACUUGGACCUGGACGCGAUAGUUCCAGGGAAGCGCCACCGAGGAACACCGUUUUAUGGUUCACCGAAUAGUAGGUCGGCUUCCAAAAAUGCUCCAAAGGCAUCUGUCCAAUCGCGAAAUAAAGAUGUCGGCAUCGUUAAAAAAAACAUGGUCACCAAAGCGGCGAGACGUGAAGUGACGGAUAAAAAUGUUGGUGGCCAGAAAGUCAAUAACGCCGUGAAUAUGGGAGCAGGCAAUGUGAUUGAAGCUAUCAAACCUCCAAAAGCAGACAGCAUGACUGAAGCUGUCAAAGCUCAAAAAGCAGUGAGCAUUCCCGGAAUGGGAGAUGGACAAGGUGGCGAAAUUAGAGUGGGUAGCGACCGGAAGAAAGCCAAGAUCGCUGUGAACAUGGGAGGCGACGUGAUUGAAGCUGUCAAAGCUCAAAAAGCAGAGAGUAUUCGUGGAAUGGGAAAUGAACAAGGUGACGGAAUUAGAGUUGGCAGCGACCGGAAGAAAGCCAAGGACGUCGUGAAAAUAGCAGCAGGCAACAUGACUGAAGCUGUCAAAGCAGCAACAAAAGCUACAAAACCAAGGAGUACUCAUGGAAUGGGAGAUGAACAAGGUGGCGAAAUUAGGUUGGAUAACGACCGUCAGAAAGCCAAGGACAUCGUGAGCAAGGCAAGUGACGUGGUUAAAAAUGGCAAAGUGCCAAACGCAGUGAGUGCUCUUGGAUUGGGGGAUGAACAGGGUGGCCAAAUUUCGGUGGAUGACGCAGUUCGGGCUCCCAUAAUCGACACAGCUGCAAAUGAAGAGGCCAUGGAGGCUAAGAUGAACGAUCUUUUAACGGAACAUAUCAACAGUCUUGGUGAAAAUGAAAUCAAGGCUUUCUGCCGUCGCCACGCCGUACGCGUGUUGCGCUCGUCGAACAUGUGCAGGGAUGAAGAUUUGACACAAUUGUUCAACCCGGUGGCCAUGCUAAUUGAAAAAUUCAAUGCUGAAGCACAACGUCCAAAUUAAAGUUACUUCAAAAAUGGUGCAAAUUGAAAUAUUUAAUUAAGAGAAUUCAUGUAUGCCGUAACUUAAUUUAAUUGUUACGCAUUUAUCAUGGUUCAGAUCGAAAUUCUAUCAAGAAUUUUUUCUGAUACAGUAAUUGCAUAAUGAUCUAUUCAUAGAAGGUUUAACUAUUAAUUAAUUGAAGAUUAUUGAGUACCUCCCCAGGUAAAUUUCUAGUGCAAUUAGUGAAUUACUUCUUUAAUUUGUUAAGUGAAGAUGAAUUCCAGUUAAAUUUCCAGUGCAAUUAAUGAAUUAUUUUUUUAAACGUGUUAAUUAAAGAUUAAUAAUUUCCAGCUAAAUUCCUAGUGCAAUUAGUUACAUUUUAGGCUGUGAACAGUUAAAUUCGUAGUGCAAUUAAUGAUUAUUUUGUUAAAGCUGUUAAUUGAAGAUUAAUAAUCCCGUGUUAAAUUCCCUGUAAAAUUACUUUUUUAAGCUUUUAAUUGAAGAUGCAUUCCUAGCUAAAUUCAUAGUGCAAUUAGUGAAUUAUUUUGUAAAGCUGUUAAUUGAAUUGAUACUCAUUCCUUGAUGUUUUUGUUAAUACAACAAAUAUUCCAAUUAUAUUUAUUUAUUCCUCAUAAAGUACAAGUAAAAUGAUCUCUUGUUAUUGUAAUGUUAA